AUGCUGCUCCACUCGCUGCUACCACCUACCAACGAAAAUGAGCUUACUGCUGCUUUGAAGGCUGCUCUCGACUGCGGCUAUCGCUUGAUUGAUACGGCAUUCGUCUAUGGAAAUGAAGGUGUGAUCGGGAAAGUGUUACAUGAAUACUUCGCUAAUAGAAAACUCAAAAGAGAAGAUAUAUUCAUUACUUCGAAGCUUCCCCCUACUGCACACGCUCCGGCAGACGUCGAAAAAGUUUUGAAAAUGCAAUUGGAUGCGCUACAACUAGACUAUCUCGAUUUGUAUCUUGUGCAUGCCCCUGUGCCGUUUGAGAAACAAGGUGACACCUUUGCGCCUGCGUUUGUGGAUGGUUUGCAAGUAUCAGUGACUAUCGAUCAUGUCGAAACUUGGCAUGCUUUGGAAAAACUUUACGAUGCUGGAAAAGUCAAGGCUUUGGGGCUGUCAAACUUCAAUACUAAGCAGAUCGAAUGCCAUCUGUACUGGCCACAAACGGAGCUAUUCCAACUUUGUAAACAGCUCAAUAUGUCCCUGACAGCUUACGCUCCAUUAGGAUCCCGAGGCAAAAUGGCUUUUAAUAAGAAAAUGAUUUGGGGCGAAGGUGACCCGUUGACGGAUCCCCUUGUGAAAGAACUCGCUGAGAAGCAUAAGAAAUCUACGGCUCAAGUUUUGUUGCGUCAUCUCAUCCAGCGUGGAAUUGCUGUCAUUCCGAAAAGCGUUAAGCCACAACGCGUUAAGGAGAAUUUUGGUGUCUUUGAUUUCACACUAAGUGCACAGGAAAUGGAGAAGCUUGACAAUAUCAAAAAGAGAACGAGGCUGUUUUUGUUUGACUUGUAA